AUGCCCGAUGCGGACCUGAGCUCACCAAUGCAGCGUGCACGCUGGACUUCCGGAAACAGUCAGAGCGCUGACAUCGCCGAGCGAAGGAGCCAGUUUUUCUGCAGAAUCAGAGAAACGCUGUUUAAGACAUCCUCGUCAGUCAUGAGCGGCGAUGCAGAUCAUCGACGGAAGAAGCAAGGCAUAAAAACUUUCCACCCGAGUGACCCAGUGAGCAACGGAUCCCGGGGCCCGACUUCGCAGAUCCCUGGGCUGUCCCACAAUGUGGAGGCGGGUCCUGAGGAGAGGACACGCGGUCGCCGCGUGGGCAUUUUUGAGACCGAUUCCGAUUACGUUAAACUCGCCAAGCAAGGGGGGGCAAAAGGUUUGCUGUGGCACGAAGAAUCAAAUGUGGCCACCAAAGCCGGUGGUCAGUAUAAACCCCCUGACUGGUUUUCUGCCGAAUUAGGCUCUAAAGAAAAUGAAUGCUUCACUCAAAGAACAAGUGCUGUUAUCAUGACGCCUGAGGAGGCCAAGAAAAAUGUGACUGAAGGCACCUUGCAGCCAGUCAAUGCCCCCUUUGGGGGGGACAAUAAGUCAGCUUGGGAGCGAGAGAAUGACAUCACAUCUCCUGAUGAAGAGCAGUUUUCCGAAGUGAACCAGGAAAUGGAUAAAAUGACUUUAAUGUCUGACGAUGACCAUCAGGUGAACAAGUUCAAGAAAACGUCCUUCGAGAAAAAGCGGACUCCUGUCAGCAUGUCAAAAUUACUGAGCUUCGGAUACGCCGAAGAUGAGAAGAAGUCACCCAUCGGCGACGACGAUGACGAGUAUAGUGUGACCUCUGAUCCAAGAGACCCCACCCCAGCAGAGGAGAACACAGGUCCCGGUGAAGCGGAGUGAAGCAGGAUCCGUACCACAAAUGCCACCCAUACAAUCCGACCUCCUUCACUCCAGAUGGCCAUCUUCUAUCAUUAUUUUGUAUGCAUCUGUAUAUAUGAUGUUUUUCAAUGAUUAUUAUUGCCAACGUCCGAUGUUUGCUUUCAGCGUCUCCCUGCUGGGUCUCCCAUAUGCCUCAGCUCCUAACGAGCAUCAGAAGGACUCUGUCGCUCGGACCACACCCCCCUUGGGAUCCUCUGCUUCAACUGUGAAGGAGAAGUUUUUUGUUCGGUGCCUGAGAAGGCCCGCAUCCUGCGUUUGAGUAUCGCUAAGGCCUUCGUAAACUUAAGCUGUCCUCUUACAGAAGCAUCUCACCUGCCGUGCAUGAUUGUCAGUCCAUCUUCCAACCAGUCAGGGUUGUGAGUCCGAUAUUAGGCAGGGACCUUCUUGUAAGUUGCUAUUAGUAAUUGAGCAAAUUCUCCUCAUCGAAUUCCUUCUCUUGAUAUAUAUCUAGCGUCACUGUGACAUUCUAAUUUGCUUUGGUGUGACUGUUACUAUUCUUUUUGGAAGCUGUAGUGUAAAAUGCAAGGUCUUCCGAUGUUUUGAUCAAAACCAAAUGUUUGCAUUCGUCAUUGCCGAUGGCAUUUCAGCCAAACAUUAAACGUGCACGUGCAUGGAG